CGCACACGGUCCAGACACACACACACAUACACACACACACGUGCACACGCGCGGAAUUUGCUCAGCCAUGGCUCCCUGGUAGAUGCUCAAAGCGGCUGUUGUCAGAGCGAAUUAAAUCCACAUAUCGCUCGCUCGCUUUUUUCCUUUUUCCUGACCUUGCCUGCCUCCGGUUGGGUUUUCAAUAUUUUAUUCAGGAUUCCUGCGCUGUCUCUCCCCCAUGGCUACAUCGGAUGGACUAGACGGCUGUCUGCAACGAGGCAGAUCUCAAAGUGACCCGAACAUACUCACCGAACCGGGCAUCGAUUUAGCGCACGGCACAGUAGAAGUGGUGGACCAGCAGAGGGUGCUGAGGACUGGCUGCCUGGUGUCCGGGGUGCACACUCCACCCAUCCGACGCAACAGCAAGCUGGCCACCCUGGGUCGCAUCUUCAAGCCCUGGAAGUGGAGGAAAAAGAAAAACGAGAAGCUCAAGCAGAGUUCCACAGAUGUAGCAUUAUCCAGUGGCCUUCUAUGCCACGACCCCAGCUCCCCCACCCAGGGCUGCUGCUCCGACGGUGGAGUCCUGCUGGGAGGCUUCGGGGGCCCUCUGAAUCCAAACCUCACCGUCAGCAGCGUGGAAUACCUCGGUCCCGAGGAGGAGCGCCCCCCUUCAGUAGCUGCCCCUCUCCAGGACUGUGACCGGGUGGAGGAGAAUGUACCACUACCCGACGAGGACGGAAAUGAGGAGGUGCACCCUGCUGGGGAUUUACCUGAGGGGCUGCAGGAUCUGGGAGAACAGAUGGAAGAGCGAUCGGAGGAGGAGAUUCUUCCUGGAACUUCCCCACCACAAGUACCUCCAAAACUUUUGCCCCAGCUGAGCGCAGGAGACGAUUCAGGCCCGGUGUCUCUCCCCACUCACCUGCCCAACUCCUACCUCCCCAAGGAGCUCCCACCACCCAGGGCCACAGAGAGCCUGGCUUCGAUGACCCUGCCGCUACGAGGGCCCCUGGCCAACCCCUCAGGGUCCCCGCAUAUAGGCAAUAUGAUGCACCAUCCGAUGCCCCCUAGCUGCAUCAUGGAGGAGCUGCAGAGAGCCUUCGCCUCCAAGAACAGACAAGAGAGCGUCCAUGAAGGGUGUGAGCAGGGAUCACCCCCUCGGCUCUGGUGUUCUGACGGACGCCUCUCUCGCUCCUGCAGCUCGGAGAACCAACACACGUCGUUCCGGGGCAGCUGUGUGGGAGGCGGAGGCUCCGACUGGCCCAAGAAGGAGGCCGAGGAGAACAAGGAGAACGUGCGGCUGGACCAGUGCUUCUCCAACACCUCGGGCCUCCCCACGGACCUGGACGGCUGGAACGAGUCCGUCAUCUCCGGCACACUUCCUCGCAGGCUAAGGAAGGAGCUGCUGGCCGUCAAACUACGGAACAGGCCCAGCAAGCAGGAACUGGAGGACAGGAAUAUCUUCCCAGCAAGGAGCGAUCAGGAGCGCCAGGAAAUCCGCCAGCAGAUUGAGAUGAAACUUGCCAAGAGGCUGAGCCAGAGACCGAAUGUGGAGGAGCUGGAGAGUCGGAACAUCCUGAAACAGAGAAAUGACCAGACAGAGCAGGAGGAGAGAAGGGAGAUCAAACAGCGCCUAAACAGAAAGCUCAACCAGCGGCCCACGGUAGACGAACUACGAGACAGAAAGAUUCUGAUCCGCUUCAGCGACUAUGUGGAGGUGGCCAAAGCUCAGGACUACGACAGGAGAGCAGACAAGCCCUGGACUCGUCUCUCAGCGGCAGACAAGGCUGCCAUCCGAAAAGAGCUGAACGAGUUCAAAAGCACGGAGAUGGAAGUGCACGCCUCGAGCAAACACCUAACGAGGUUCCACCGGCCAUGAACGCGGGGAGUUUCUUCUGUGAAGAAAUGCUGAGCUUAGAAAUUUUUCCUGAAGCUGCUUAGAAGCUUCUCAGCGGCGGCGGUUCAAAGAGCCUGGAGCCUUUUCGUCUUCAGCGUGUCUUUAACAUUCUACCAGCACCCUUGACUGUCAUGUUAUCAGUACGAAGGUGUGGGAGAGAAGGUGGUGGUGAGGUUUGCGGCAGCGUGUCCUGGAGACUACUGGAUGCCACGUGGGAGCCGGCUGGUAGAAGAGACUUUUGGUGGAGCCUCUGACUCUCAGGACAAGAGCAGAGGGGAAAAAUAAAAACAAUCUCGUCAUUCAGUCAUUGUUGUUUUUUUUUUUUUUGUACUAAUUCAUGGACUCUUUUGACAAGGCGGUGUGAAUCCGUGUAGUGGGAAGAAGUUGUGCAUGUGACCAUCUUCACCUUUUCUUAACUGAUGAAUUAUGUGUCACUUGGACUGUGUAAAGACUGUGCAGUCUGGGGGAGGUAGUACCGGGGGUGAAUUUGAUAUUAACUGUACAUACAGUAUGUCAAUCGGAAUGGGACCGUCAAUGUCUUCACUGAAAAGAGAAAUACCUUUGUAAGCACUACUUGUCUUCAAAAUACAAGGUCUUUUUUAAGAA